AAUGCCUGUCGCUGUUCAUCAAUGAUGUCGCCACGCGACGCUCCGGUUCAUCGAUUCUCACCACCACCGUUCUCCAUCUCCAGAGACACCGCGACCGCGACGGCAACCGCAACCGCCUCCGUCGCCGCCUCCGCCUCCGCCGCCGCCGCCUCCGCCGCCGCCUCCGCCUCGUGAAGCUCCGCUGCCGCCAUGUGCUACGGCCACCACCACCGGACAUCCUUCUCCGAGGACCAUUUCGCCGCCCCCGCGCGCGCCGCGGUCCCCCAGAACGCAGACGCCGCGGCGGCGGCGGCGGAGGACCUGCGGAGUCGCCUCGCCGAGACGGAGGCCCGCCUGGCCCGGGCCAGGGCCCGCGAAGCCGAGCUCAGCCGGCGGCUGGAGGAGAUGAAGCGCUUCGUCUCCGUCAUGGAGAUCCUCGAGACCUACCUCGCCCGACGGUUCAGCGAGCAACGCGAUCGCGUCGAGCGCCUCCUCGUGCCAUCGCCGCGCAGCUAGGAGCGCCCCCUCGCCAUGCGCAAAAGAAGUUUACAAAAUACAAGCACUAUUUUUCUGCUUGUUACCCUAGGAUCUGUCUUGAAAUAAUUGAAUGACGAGGAAAGCAAUGUUCCAGUGUCUUGGAGAGGUAACUGCACCAGCACCGGCUGUCUGAGUAUCGAUCUAUCUUGUAAUUUCUUGUUUUUAACAGAAGAUGUUAUUAUUUAGGUCUGUCAUUAUGCCGCCAAGGCAUAUGAAUGGCGGCUCCUAUCAAAGUAUAUGAACUGCUGUUCCUGUAUUCCAGAAGAUCCACUCCUACUGUGAAGCUUGCUUGGAUGCUCCCCUUAAUUUCCUUAAAUUUCAUUAGCAUGUACUGUUUUAGCUUAGCCUAUCUAUUGCAAACUGCAUAGAUCAUUAAUUACCAAUUGACAAAACUUUGUGGUCG